GAGCAGAGCAAGCAAAGAUUCUUAAAAGUGGAGUGAGAGCUGGAGUAGUGUUAUUAAAGCUCCAGCGAGAACCCUGUAAUACACGUGAUCUCACAACUGGAAUCAAGUUUGCGUUUGCGUUGGUUGCAGGUGAUUGAAUGAACUGAAAAAAGUCGAUCACGUUUUGAAGGGAUAUCUGGAAUUCUUCCUUACUUUGUAGGACUUUGUUGACACCUCCUUAAUACCGAGUUUGUGGGACUGGCAGGCGCUCUCUGUGUCUCUGUGUCUGUGAGAUCAGAUUUGGUUUAAAGAGAAGAUCGGAUCUUGCAUGCAAGCUUACAUGUACGAAAAAGCGAUGGCAACUGAAACGAGAAACGGCGGCACAUCGUCCUUCAACAACAACGGCACCAGCACCAAAAAGAGAAAAAUGUUGAUAGUACUGGAUAUCUUCUGUCUUCUAUUAGCUGGCCUGCCCUUGCUGUUAAUUGAAACUAGCAUGAUCGAGCCGUACAGCCGCGGGUUUUACUGCAGUGACCAGUCCAUCCAGUACCCCUAUAAAAACGGAGAAACCAUAAGCGAUGCCGUGCUCUGUCUCGCUGGCAUUCUUAUUGCCAUCUUCCCUAUUGUGAUUGGCGAGUGCUAUAGGAUCCAUUGCCUGAAGCAGGGCUCGCACUCUUUCGUGGGGAACCCGUAUAUCUCUGCGCUUUAUAGGCAGUUGGGCGUCUUUAUCUUCGGCUGCGCCGUCAGCCAGUCGUUCACGGACAUCGCUAAGGUUUCGGUGGGCCGACUGAGGCCGCACUUUCUGGACGUAUGCAAGCCAAACUACUCACAGAUCAACUGCUCCGCUGGAUAUAUCACUGACUACGUAUGUUUGGGUGACCCUAGCAAGGUGCAGGAGGCAAGGAAGUCAUUCUUCUCUGGACAUGCUUCAUUUUCCAUGUUUACCAUGCUGUACCUAGUGUUUUACGUUCAGUCUCGGUUUACAUGGCGUGGAGCUCGUCUGCUGAGGCCACUGGUCCAGUUCACUUUGCUGAUGAUGGCCUUCUACACUGGUCUGUCCCGUGUUUCUGACCAUAAGCACCACCCUACUGACGUACUCGCUGGCUUUGUACAAGGAGCACUGGUGGCCUACUGCAUAGUAUUCUAUGUGUCAGACCUGUUCAAGCCCAAAAUCAAGAAUGCCAGUCCUCCACCAUCGCCAAUCAAAAAGGAACUUCUGCCCUCGGGUGACAUCAUAGAUAGGAACAACCACCACAACAUGGUCUGAGAGGAGGCCUGGGAAGGAAGCAUAUCUAAAUUUCCACCUUGUCCUUUGAAGAACCAUGAACAGCCACCUGUGAAUGAAGAAUAGCAGCAUUUUAGCUGCUGCUCUCUCUUUCUCUCAUCAGACAGUAGAAUGUAGGAGCAGGAGACAGAGAACUUUUACUAUUGAGACUCUAUUUUUUAUAAUAUGAUUAUCAACCUUGAGCCUAAUUUACAUGCAAAAAAAAAAAGCAAUCAUACAAAUGUAACUAUUAUUUAGGAAUUUGUUCCCAGAUUUGCGGGGACGAUGUGGGCCUGUAACUUGCUUUGCAAGACUGUGGUGAGCAAAAAAGCCGCACUAAUGGAUGGAUGGAUGGAUGGUUGGAUGAAUGAAUGAACGGAUGGAUGAUUAACUCAACGAAAAAGAGAUGGUCAUGUGACCUGCGUCUCUUCCUUUUUGUUUUCUCUCGUCUCCGAGGCCUUUCACCAGUAUAAAACAACAAAUUCCUUAGUUAUAGGAAUGAUACACUAGUACCUGCAAUGUAACUAGCAUAUAUAUAUUAACGAUAUAAAGAAUAACUUAUAGCACUAUAUCCAAUCAUUAAAAUCAUCACCACUUGCUGUCUGAGCUGCGCAGCUCUGAGGACACUCGAUGAGGUUUUGUGUGUUUACUCGAAAUCCAUUGAAAGUCUACGCCAUGGUGUGGCCAUGGUGGACUACGUACACCCUUGUUAUGCUAUGCUGAAACUCCUAAGCACAAGACCCAUUCGGAUUGUUCUCAGAUACCCGCCUAGAUUCAACAGAUUUAGAUUUUACUAGGAUUUUAAUGAGUAGGCUAGGAUAGUGUGUCAAAACUGUGCAUUUAGAGAGCCACCCAUGUGCGAUGUUGAGAAAGCAUGGUUGAGCCAUGUUUACACGUUGUGUACACGUGGUUUCCCGGUGGAUGGCAUUCGUUCUGGAAGGGAUGAGCUGUGUUUGGCACCAAGGUUGCCGGCGUCGAUUCGCAUCAACUGCACUGACUUGGCACAUUUCAGUCUGGAUACGCAAAUGAGUCCAUUCUGCUGGCUGGUAUGGACUUAUUUUAAUUUCCAAGCAUAUAAUGAUUCACAAUGGUGCCAACUGUACCAGGGAGUUAGUUAGUGUUAGUUAAAUAGCCUCGCAGAUCUUCCAUCCUUUAACAUGUUAGGUAAUGGGAUCCCACCAGUUAUUCUUAGUGCCAUGUUUUGUGUAUGUACACAUAUGUGUGUGUGUGUGUGUGUGUGUGUGUGUGUGUGUGUGGUGAAUGUGUUUCUACACCUGGUCCUCGACUCUGUGCUGAGGACUUUACCAUGUGAAGAAAAAAUUUAAAGAAAACUGUGGAUUAUUUUUCUCUAAAUGACUCUUUGGCCUUUUUUCUCUCUUGAUAAUGUCUACUGUUUUUACUAACAGCGCUGCCAGAUUUAGUUUACGUAACAUACAACAUGUACCCGACUAAAUGCCACAAAGCCUCCAUGUUGCACACCCUUCACCUUGUAUAGUCCGUCCUAUCAUUUCAGCAAGCUGUUUUUCUUUCCCUUUCUUUUUAAAUAUAUAAAUAAUGUAUAGAUCACUAAAAUUAACUAUGUAAAAUAUUAUUUUUUGAAUAUGUUUAGAUAUAUCCACUAUAAUUAAAAUGUGUCAUGACCUGUGUUAUUUACAAUUGCUGCUUCAACGAGCAUUGAUUGACAGAUUUUUGUAUUUAGCUAACUAAACUAUUGUAGAUUUAUCAAACAUUUAAAUAAGCAUUGAAAAAGAACUACACAUACAAAUGUAUCAAAGUUCACUAUUAGUAUUUUUGUACUGUCUUAUUUUGUACAAAUGAAACCAUAGCAUUUUUCUGCUAAAUGUAUUUAGAUCUAAUACAUGUGCUUUUAAAUA